CGCAUGCGCUAGAGAUGCGCAUGCGCGACAGAGUGUAGCUUUGCCCGGAAGUUAAUCCGCGGGUGUCGAGCGCGAAUUUGUGAAGAUGAAUCCUUUAACUAAAGUGAAGCUGAUCAACGAGCUGAACGAGCGAGAGGUCCAGCUUGGGGUGGCGGAAAAGGUGUCCUGGCACUCCGAGUACAAAGACAGCGCCUGGAUCUUUCUGGGAGGGCUUCCUUAUGAACUGACUGAAGGAGACGUCAUCUGUGUGUUCUCACAAUAUGGGGAGAUUGUUAACAUUAAUCUUGUGCGAGACAAGAAGACUGGGAAAUCCAAAGGGUUUUGUUUCCUCUGCUAUGAAGACCAAAGGAGCACAGUUUUGGCUGUUGACAAUUUUAAUGGGAUUAAGAUAAAAGGAAGAACUAUUCGUGUGGAUCAUGUGUCUAACUAUCGGGCUCCUAAGGACUCAGAAGAAGCAGAUGAUGUGACCAAAGAACUCCAGGAGAAGGGCUGUGGGGCUAACACCCCCUCAUCGAGUUCAUCUGAGAGUUUAGAAGAUGACAAACCCACAAAAAAGCACAAAAAAGAGAAAAAGGAAAAAAAGAAAAGAAAGAAAGACAAAGAGAAGACUGACAGGGAGGUAAAAGCAGAGCAGCCAUCAUCUUCAUCUCUCGGAAGCAAGACAAUAAAAGAAAAGGAUGACCCUGCCCCUAAGAAACACAGCAGUAAGAACUCAGAGAAGGUUCAGAAGUCUGAAUCAAGAGAAGGACAGAAGCACUACCCACGCUCCCCUGAUGUCAAGACUUCCUGCCAUGUUAGAGCAGAGGGCCCAGAGAGGGAGCUCAAGAAGGAGAAACCCAAGUAUGAGCACAAGCCCUCAAGCAAGAAGGAGGCAAGAGAAGACAAGAAUAGGAAUAGGGAUAGAGGGCGAAGCUCAGACACACAUUCUAGCCGUCACAGUGGGCAUUCUGAAGGGUGGAGUCACAGAAGUAGAAGUAGGAGCCAUGGGCGUUCUGAAAGGUGGCAUCACAGAAGUAGAAGUAGGAGCCAUGGGCAUUCUGAAAGGUGGCAUCACAGGAGUAGAAGUAGGAGCCGUGGGCGUUCUGAAAGGUGGAGUCACAGGAGUAGAAGUAGAAGCCAUGUGUAUCCUGAAAGGUGGAGUCACAGGAGUAGAAGUAGGAGCCAUGUGUAUCCUGAAAGGUGGAGUCACAGGAGUAGAAGUAGGAGCCAUGGGCAUUCUGGAAGGCGGAGUCAAAAGAGUAGAAGUAGGAGCCAUGGGCAUUCUGGAAGGCGGAGUCACAGAAGUAGAAGUAGUAGUCAAGAUAAAUCCCGUCGACAUAAAAAGGCCCAGCACUCCAGGGAGCGGGAGACUUCCAAUCCCAGUGAGCAUAGGCGAUACUAAAGCCUGUUCCAACUGUCCGGUUCAUUGAAAAAUGAAUUGUUUUUAAAAAACGUAAUCAGAUUCAGUUCUGCUGUUAAUAUUUCCAUAUAUAAAAUCUCUGUGACUGAGUUCUUUUAAUCCAUUCAUAGUAGAUUUGUUAAGAAAGUUGUAAUUUCAACAGCCAGUUAUCCCAAAUUUUUUGGUACUGUCCAUUGUCCCUGGGAAUAUACUUGGUACUUCAUCAGAGUAUGUGCCCUGAAUUUUAGUUCAUAAAUAUUAACCUAUAGACCCCAAUUUGAGGUGAAAUUUCCAGAAAGAGAGAAUACCAGAUAAUUCUAUAAAUGUGUUGUUUGCGGUAGGUAUUUAGAGCCCAUGAAUAUGGGACCACCUCAGUAGCACAUGGAAUUAUAUAAAACUAUAUAUAACUAUUUAGCUAUUGUGAAUUGACUGCUAUAAACAUUGAUGUGGCUGUGUCACUCUAAUAUGUUGAUUUUAAGUCCUGUGGGUAUAAACCUAGGGUUGGGAUAGCUGGGUCAAAUGGUGGUUCCAUUCCACAUUUUCUGAGGUAUCUCCAUACUGCUUUCCAGUGUGGUUGGUGCCAAUUUGCAGGCCUACCAGCAAUGUAUGAGUGUGCCUUUUCCCCUACAUCCUCACCAACAUUUAUUGUUGUGACUUUAUAGGGAUUGGUAGGAUUCCUAAAAUUAGCCAGUUCCCUCCCCAGCUUUUCCUUGAAAACCAGUUUUUAAAUACCUUUUUUUUAAUUUUUAUUUUUGUGGUCGAUAUAUCUCUGCAUCUUUUUCCUUACCAUUUAUUUAUUUAUUUAUUUGUAUUAAGAUGAAAUUCACAUAACAUGAAAAAUGAACUAUUUUAAACAAUUCAGUGGCAUUUGGCACAUUCACAGUGUUGUACAAUUGCCAGCUCUGUCUUGUUCCAAAACAUUUUUAGUACCCCCAAAUGAAACCUUUUACCCAUUAAGCAAUAACUCUUCAUUCCCUCCCUUUCCUAGUCCUUGGCAGCCAUAAGUCUGCUUUCUGUUUCUAUGAAUUUACCUCUUCUGGCUAUUUGAAGUGAAACCAUGUAACAGUGGUGUUUUGUGUCUGUCUUCUUUCACGUAGUAUAAUGUUUUCAAGGUUUGGCCAUAUCAUAGCAUGUGUCAGUACUUCAUAUUUUUUUUUUUCGAAAUGGGAUCUUCCUGUGUUGUCUAGGCUGAUCUCUUAAUUCAUGGGUUUAAGUGAUUCUCUCACCUCAGCCUCCCAGGUUCCUGGGAUUGUAGAUGUGUACCACCAUGCCUGGCUCACACUUCAUUCCUUUUUAUGGCUGCAUAAUAUCCCAUUGUAUAGAUAUAUCACAUUUUGUUUAUGGAUGGAUUUUUUAGUUGUUUGUACCUUUUGGCUAGUCAGUUUCCUUUUUGUGUUCCAGUUAUAUAAGGCUUCCUUCUGGGCCUACUUCAGUUUUCAAGUAGCAGUUCUUGCUGCAAUGGGAACACUUGUCAGUCCUGGUGGUCUUAGCAGUUCCUUCUCAUUGUUAGUCUUAGUUUUCUUAUCAGUCCUUAUCAGUUCCUUGGGAGGAACAGGUUCACUGGGUCUUUAAUGCUUGUGCUCCAUUGUUAAAAUUGAAUUUCUUUUUUUUGAAAUCCUGAGCUCAUUUUCAACUUCUUUCUUUUUAAAAAAAUUCUUGUUUUUAGAUAUAUACAUGACAGCAGAGUGUAUUUUGACAUAGUGUACAUACA